AGGCUACCGGCGGCCCCGCGCGGCGCGGCGCUGUAGGCUGCGCGCGGCGCCGGUAGGAGCGCGCGGGAGCCGCCACAGCGGGACCGGGAGCGGGACCGGGAGCGGGAGGGGGUCCGGGGCCACCCGCCGCCACGUGCCGCCCGCACCAUGGAGCUGGAGGAGCUGGGCAUCCGGGAGGAGUGCGGCGUGUUCGGCUGCAUCGCCUCCGGCGUGUGGCCGACGGAGCUGGACGUGCCCCAUGUGAUCACGCUGGGGCUGGUGGGGCUGCAGCACAGGGGCCAGGAGAGUGCUGGAAUUGUGACAAGUGAUGGAGAGUCAUCCCAGGCAUUCAAAGUGCACAAGGGAAUGGGUCUUAUAAAUCAUGUCUUCAAUGCAGACAGCCUGAAGAAGCUCUACGUUUCAAACCUCGGUAUUGGGCACACGAGGUACUCCACCUCGGGAAUUUCUGAGCUGCAGAACUGCCAGCCUUUUGUCGUAGAAACUCUUCAUGGGAAGAUCGCUGUGGCACACAACGGGGAGCUAACAAAUGCUGUACAACUCAGGAGGAAGCUUAUGCGGCAUGGUGUAGGACUGUCGACCAGUUCUGACAGUGAACUGAUCACCCAGUUGCUGGCUUUCACACCUCCUCUAGAAAAUGAUGAUACAGCUGACUGGGUAGCAAGAAUAAAAAAUUUAAUGAAUGAAACUCCAACUUCAUAUUCAUUGCUAAUUAUGCACAAAGACAUAAUCUAUGCAGUACGUGAUCCAUAUGGGAAUCGCCCACUCUGCAUUGGUCGCCUUAUUCCAGUAGGGGACAUGAAUGGAAAAGGAAAAGAUAACAGUGAGACAGAAGGAUGGGUAGUCUCUUCUGAAUCCUGUAGCUUUUUGUCUAUUGGUGCAGAGUACUAUCGUGAGGUCCUUCCUGGAGAGAUUGUGAAAAUAUCCAGAUAUGAUGUCCAGACGCUGGAUGUUGUACCAAGACCUGAAGGAGAUCCAUCAGCGUUCUGCAUCUUUGAAUAUGUUUAUUUUGCAAGACCAGACAGUAUUUUUGAAGGUCAGAUGGUGUAUUCAGUCAGGAGAAGAUGCGGGCAGCAGCUUGCUAUUGAAGCACCCGUGGAAGCAGACCUGGUCAGCACUGUUCCAGAGUCUGCCACCCCAGCAGCUCUUGGUUAUGCUCAAAAGUGUGGACUACCGUAUGUUGAAGUACUUUGUAAAAAUCGAUAUGUAGGAAGAACAUUUAUCCAGCCAAACAUGAGGUUGCGGCAACUUGGUGUUGCAAAGAAGUUUGGUGUGCUGUCUGAUAAUUUUAAAGGCAAGCGAGUUGUUAUCAUUGAUGAUUCAAUUGUGAGGGGCAAUACAAUCUCACCCAUAAUAAAACUACUGAGAGAAUCAGGAGCCAAAGAGGUGCACAUCCGUGUGGCUUCACCUCCCAUAAGAUUUCCUUGUUACAUGGGAAUAAACAUUCCAACUAAAGAAGAACUCAUUGCCAACAGACCUGAAUUUCAUGAUCUUGCAAACUAUAUAGGAGCAGACAGUGUUGUCUAUCUUUCUGUGGAAGGGCUGGUGUCAUCUGUGCAAGAAAGCAUCAAAGCAAGGCAAGAGAAUGAGAACAGCCUUAAAACCCAGAAGUCGCGUGUCGGAAAGAUCGGUCAUUGCACAGCAUGUCUCACUGGAGAGUAUCCCGUAGAGCUAGAAUGGUGAACGGACAUGAGCCGAUCUGCUGUUGAAUGUACCUUUCUCAGAGAUGCCUUCUUGCUAAUAGUCUUCUCACAUUUAGGUAAUAUGGAAAGCUUAUUACAGCUAACUAACUACUGUUACUAAAACAGAUCUUUACGGUAAAGACUUACAGAAAGUCCAGUGUGCAGAUGAAAACAAUGUAAGCGGAAUAAAAUACAGAAUCAUAUUUUUGGUGCACAGUUGUGCCUUCUAUUUUCUCAUACAAUACUGUAAAAACCAAAGUUUUUUUUAAUUAUGUGGCAGUCCCAGAGUUAUUUCGGUCUUGCCCCAAAAGAUAUCCGUUAGGCUUGUUCACAAUUACUUUGUCAUUUCCAAUUAUCAAAGUAUUAAUGCAAAAGUAUGUGAAGUUUGCUUUUCUCCUUAGGACAAAUACUAGAUUCUGAAGAAUCAAAUUGCUUCCUUAGCAGUUCUUGCUUAGGAUUUUUAAGAACAGAAGUACCUAACUUUUGCAUAGCUAAACAGCCUUUAUUCAUCAAGCCCUUUGUAACAGAUUGAUUCUAUAAGCAUAAUGUCUAACAUAUGAUUUUAAAAAAUGAAGACUCAGGGAAAUGCUCAGCCAAAAGCUCUCUAGUUUUAUAACUUUAAUUUUUUUUUUGAAGUCUAGUGUAAUUACAUUAUCUUCAUGUGCUUUUAUCAGUUGCCAACAGGAUGUGGAAGGAGAAAAAAUACUUGGCACUGCCAUUUUUUUUCUGUUUUACAUCUUGUUUUCUCCAGAGUAAGUCCUGACAAUUAGUGUGCUUUUCAUAUGUCAACAUCCAAAGUAAACUGAAAAACUAACUUUUCAUUCUCAACAGUAAAAAUGAUAUAGCAACUAAAGAUUAUGAGCUGUUUUAGGUAUAGCUUUAUUUUACAAAAUUACUGCUGUUACAAUAAAUGUAGUAUUUUUUUCUUUUUUAAAAUAAGAGUUCUGAAAAACCAUAAGGUAUUGAAUGCAUUGUAUUUUUUAACUGGUCAUAAUUAGAUGGCUACUUGUAUACAUGAAGAUCACUUGGACAAUGAACCACUAGCUGAAAAUGGGAAAGCACCUUCUGAAAACUAUUGCAAAUUUACGCACAAGUGUAGAAGUAUUUUGUAUACCUCAUUUCUUUUCACUGAAUACAAGCAACUUAAUUUUAGAUUUUCUAUUUAAUAUUGUGUAUUUUGGCCUUAAAAUUGUUUGUGACACUGUUAAAAAAAGAAAAAAAAAAGUUUUUAAGAACUUUUUCCUUCCCCAUCAUUUUUCAUAUAGUGGAAAAUUUCAGCACUGGUGAUUAAAUUCAAAAGGGAGCUUUCUUACGUGGGAUUUGUGGCAAUUGUGCCUUACAGAUGAUCGCAACACAAAAGUCCCAAUUCAAGAAAGCAUGCUAAUACAUUUAACGAAGUCAAGACUGUGCCAUGUGCAGUGGAGCCAGAACCUACUUGUAGUCAAGCCUAUGGGAGAAUCUAAAUUUUCAUGAGCAAUGGGCUCUUACUAUGUGUUCUUCACUAAAGCCCAGAUCUACGCAUUGGGAGAUGUAGUGGAUCUCUUCUAAUUAGCAAGUUUGUUUGUUUAACAGAAGUAACAGUUCAUUUGGACAGUAAAUUGAGCAAAAAAAGAACAGCGUGGAAUCAUGCUGACUGCCCCCUCUUCCAGAUUAACCAGGGAGGAGUGGGAGAAAACAGAAAAAAAUAUCAUUAAAAUUUUUCACCUUUCUUCUUUCCUUCCCUCAAAAAAGCAAUAAUCAUUAAAAGAAGGGAUAGUUCAAGCUCAAUAGGUUAUAGAUAUGUGUGAGGAGCCCUUUCUGCUUAAGAUAAACACGUACAGUUUAACAAGGUUGCAAGCACAGAAAUCUAUCAAUUAAUCUGAAAUUGUUUAUAGAAGAGACUGUAAAUCAAACUUGUGCAAAUACUCUUUUUAACAUGUUUUCAACAAAAGGCAUUUUUGAAAUCUAGUAAUAAUUGCUUAAAUGUGAUUUGAGCAUUAGGUGGCAUAAUUGUGAUUUCAAUAAAAUUAGUUCUAACGCCUUUUUUCCCCCUCUAUGUUAUGCAUAUGAAAUUACAAGGUCUGCUACUGUAAACACUGUAAUUUUUAGAUACACUACAUGCCUAUCUUUAGUACAUAUUUUUCCAAACCUUAAGUUAAAGGGGACAUACUUUUCAAGUGUCAUUUUAUUCUCUGACAGCUGGACUUAUGCUCCAGGUUACCAAGCCUUUUUUUACCACAUAGAGCAGACACACACAUGCAAUGAGGAUGUUGAGGGCGCAAACUGGUUUUAAGUGUCACUAUUUGUAUUGUUUUUAAUGUUCUACUGUGAAACUGUUUCUGCUGUAUUACCAAUGUGCAACUGUGCCAAAUUAUCAUUUACAAAAUGUGACAAAGUAGAAAGCUAAUAUCUGAGUUCUCCCAUGUGUAAUAUUAAAAAUGGUUAUGAACUGGUCA